AGAAAUGUUGACUGUGAUUUCAUAUUAUAUUCAAGUAAUUUGAUACCCAUUUUGAAUACAUAAUUUUAUUUUUGCAGCUAGAAAUUUAGAAUACACUAACUUUUAACUAUUUGAAUUGUGAAUAAUUACAGUAUAACUGGAGAAUGAUAAAGGUUUGGACUUAAUUGGGCUGAAAGUGUUGCCUUAAGAUAGCAUACACAUCUAUCAUUUCGGUUUCCACAGAACCGGUGCUUCCCUUUUUUCUUUGAUGCCCUCCAUCUGGAUCUCCAUUUACUGCUCAUGCAAAAGGAAUGUGAGGAGGACCAUUUGAUUAUACCGUUCUUUCUCAGCAUACCAUUUGAUUAUACCGUUAUUUCUCGGCAUCUCUAAAUUUUCAUUGGAAUUAUAACUUGUACCUUUCUUGCAAACCUUUGGUAGAUCUGAAUUGAGAGGAGCUAGUCUCAGCAUAGCAUGAACAAGUUUUACACCUGUAAGAAUCUAAAAUAAAAAUGACGAGGCAGUUUCUUUGUACUUAUUGUUAUAGCCCAAUCACCAUUUGAACCUUUAAUGUAAAAAAAUGGUUUUUUAACUUUCUUAGGUACUCUGUAUAAUCUCUAGAUUGGAGGGUGUAUCCAAGUUAAAUAAGAUUGUUUUAGGGUGAUGUUGAGCAUGUAAAUAGAAACUGCCAAAAAAUUUUGCCAUGCCAUACCUUAUACGGUGCAUGAAAAGAUAGUCUAAUAUUAACUUCGUAUAACAAAAUAUGAUUAUUUUCAUGUGCCAGAAUGCUUGAUUUGCAAUACAGAGCAAUUCCAAAGUUACUGAUAAUGUACUUGGGAUUGCAGAGCCAGCUGAUGUGCUUUGUCAUGCCAAGGUAGUGUUGUGCUGUUGUUUUUGGCCUAGGAGCUGUCAUAUUUUCAUUUUAAUGCAUCAAAAUUUCUUUUUAGGUGUGAAAUUCCUUUUUAUUUUCAAUAAUCCUUUUUUGUGCUUUUGAUUCUCAAUAGUGAAGAAAUGAUAUAUGGAAUAAUCUUGCAAAUUCCACCAUUUUGAGUUUACUUACUAAAAUUUUUGUGGUCAGAAUGCAGAACAAUAUCGUUUCAGGAUAUGCCGAUAUGCACAUUCUUUUUUCUUUCCUUUUCACCUUUCUUGAUCAUCUUGUCCAUUUCUGGUAUGUUUCCUAUCUGAACAAUUAAUUUCCUAACUCCAUAAAUAUCGUCAUACAUCAGGUUAUCAUUUUUCUUUUAAUUUCAUGCAUACAAUUUGUUAUGCCCAUGAUUAAUUUGUUUCCAAAGUCAAUAUAGUCUCCAAGUUGAAUUAAUGUUGAAAGAAAUUUCCACAAUGAAGCUUGGUGGAGGAGAAGACCAGUUCACACUGAAAAGAUAGUGAGCUUGAUGAUGAGAUCAAUCUAAUCUUUCUCAAGAUUUUGACACCAGAACAGAGCUCCACGUAGCUGAUGACCUGACGACCUCCAUGUAACGGACAGAUUGGGACUCUCUUCCUCCAUAUUUUGUAAGGGCCAGUUGAGAUAGUCUUUAGCAGUCACUGCCAUAGCGUCCCUUUCACAAUCUGAUCUGUAAGCAAUCAUCUUUUGUUUUCAUAUAAUUCCUCUCAAUUCUUGAGAUGAGAAUUCGAAACAGCCGGAUGUCUUGUUCAUUGCUACCUCUGCCACCUGAAGAAGUUUCAAGGUCUGCUUAUUUUUCUUCACGAGGUCGAUGCUUCGAUGAUCGAUUCUUGGUUGAAGAGGUGAAUCGGCUCAUUAAAUGGUCAUCCUGCCCACUGAGAAAACCUUCAGAUGGAUAAACUCAGGCAAUGCAAUUGCAUGAUCAGUUGCAGCUGGCACUAGCUGAUGAAACGAAAUCCUUAAAUCAUGUAGAAAAGAAAAGUGGAAAAGAGUAUUAUAUGUUGAAGAGGCCUAGCCAUGUGUCCCCAAAAAUUGAAGAAACUGUCAAUGGAGGCAGGAAAUCAAAUUUAUCUGGGACUUUUGAUAGGGAAGAAGAUAGGUCCAGGUUUUCAGCUAAUAUUGUCCUUGCACUGCAAGCAACUUCUUUUCGACCAGAAAGGGAAUUGCCAUUAAAGAAAAGAAGGUACCGUCGGUUGAAAAUUGAAAGAAUGGAGGCAGGAAAGGAAGCAAAAGCUUCUGUUAUGGAGGGAAAUGCAGACACAACAACAAUGCCUGAGCAAGAGGCAAAGAAGGACACAACAUCAAUGCUUGAUAACUUGGCAAAGACAGAGACUGCAUUAAUGCCUGAGAAAGAGAAUCUUAGUGAAUGUGAUGGUAGUCAGAGGAGCAAGAGCAUUAAUUGUUUAUUAAACCAGGAAUCAUCCCUCCCUUCUCCAAUCAUUUAUGGUCUGCAAGGGCAAGAAAGUGGCGAAAAUUUGUUCCAAGGGGGAAUGCCUAACGAGUAUGAGGGAAAACAAAAACGGAGAAGGGGACCACCAAAGAAGGCAACAAGACGUCGCUCAAAGGAAGCUGUAGGGAUGAGGAGAAGCAAAUAUUUCCCGGAUUAGAAAUCCUGUAGUUGAAUAGUGUGAAGAUACAUGAGGUGGUUAUAUGCUUUAAGGUCAUAAGAACGCGAAUGAUAUGCGCGCCGCCCCGCUCCUUCAGUGCAUUGUCAUUCUUUAUGGUCCCAUUGUCUCAGACAAAAUAAAUAUGGUAUCCUGACCAGGAUGAGCAGUGCACUGCUGUAAUAGAAGUUGAAUUAAAAACAAUAAAUAGGUUUCGAUCUUUA